UCAGUUGAUACCUACGGAUUACGAGAAAUUGAGAGGAGGUUGAAUUUUCGCAAUCAUUUUUCAUAAGAUAUUACAUCUCUAAAACGACGUGUUUUGUGCAUGUAAUGAAGUAGGCCAAUAAUUACGAACUAUUUAAAGUAAGUAUUAUGAAAAUAAAAGCAAAACAAUCGUUUAUAAUUAAAAAUACGCCAUGUCCAGAAUGCAUUCCAUAUUUUAAGACAAAAUGUAUUUUUGCCAUAGCCUUUGUUUGAGUGUGAAGAGACGGUUUGUCAACAACAACUUCUUACAGAGGAAUUAUGCAUUUAGCUUUGAGCAUUCGAGAUGGCUAAAACAAAAAAGAACAUGAGGGAGAAAAGGUACACGGAAGAAGGUGUACAAAAAUGUUUAAGUGAGAUAAGGAGCGGAAUAUCUAUCCGUAGUGCAUGCAUACGCUUUGGAAUACCGCGAUCAACUAUAAAAUUCCGCAUGAGUAAAAAUUACAAGCAACAAAUUAGAUCCGGACCACCUACUGCUCUUCGAUCGGAACAAGAAACAGAACUGGUUAAUUGGAUAUUAAAGAUGGCCCGGAAGGGUUUCCCAGUUACUAAGUACCGAUUAAUAAAUAGUGUGAUGAAUUAUCUCGAACAUAAUCCCAAUAUGAAUGUCUUCAAAAACGGCAAACCAAGUAGCGCAUGGUUCAAUUCUUUCAUGAGUCGUCAUAAGGUACUUUCUAUUCGCAAACCGGAAAGUGUCACAAAGGCAAGUGCUAAUGUUACAGAACUCGAUAUACGGAAUUGGUUCAAGGAAGUUUUAACGGUUUUGGAAGAAGAGGGACUAUCUGAAGUCCUUAUGAGCGCAGGCAGUGUACUUAAUGGUGAUGAAUCUUCAUUCUAUCUUGAUCCAUCCAUCGAUAAAGUAAUCUCAAGACGUGGAGAAAAAAAUUAUAUAGUCGACCAGGGCCCUACCAAAAAGAAUAUAACAGUUAUGUUCACUUGUGCGGCUGAUGGAAAGAUGUUUCCUCCUAUGGUUGUUUUGCCAUAUAAAAAAAUACCAACCGACAUAACUCGAAGUGUACCUGCUGAUUGGGGACUAGCUAAAACCGAUUCUGGUUGGAUGACAAGAUCGUGUUUCUUAAAAUAUAUCAAGUUUAUACUUCAACCGCAGUUGGCAAAGGAAAAUGCGCUACCAGCUAUAUAUUUUAUUGAUGAUCAUUCUUCUCAUACUGCUUGGGAAACUGCAGAAGAAUGCCGCAAGAUGGGCAUACACUUAGUUUACCUGUAUGCAAACUGCACUAGAAUACUACAGCCCCUUGAUGUUGCGGUAUUCAAACCUAUGAAAGGUUCAUGGCUUAAAGUGGUAGAUGAUUGGAAAUGUUUAAAUCCUAAUAAAUAUUUAAAAACAGAAAAUUUUGCUCCGCUUCUUGCGAAAGCUAUUAAAUCAGUUGAGAGUAAAAUAAUACAAAACGGAUUCAAAGCGUGUGGACUAUAUCCAUUCAAUGAAAAUAAUAUCGACUACAGUAAAUGUUUGGCGAACAGUCUUCCAGUAGGCGAAAAUUUCGAGAAUAAAGGGACGGAUACUCGACAAAUUACUUCACUAACAUUUCCCAUUGUACGAUCGAAAGCUGUGGAAAUUUUAACAUUGAUAGGGCCCGACCGUAUAUCGCUUUACAAAAGAAAUAAUCCUGAUGAUUUUCCAUCUGAUGAAGAUAAAAUUCUUGCGCGCGUGUAUAAACUUCUUGAACCCUUGGAUUCGUCUUCGAAUAUGAAUAUUCCUGGAAGUAAUACUACAAAGAUGCAUAUAGAGCCAAACAUGCAUAUUGCAGAGUUUGUCAAUAUGGACAAUGUGGAAUCUGUAACAGAGGUAGAAUAUUUGGACAAACAAGAGUCAUAUGAAAGCGGAAUGUUGGACUUUUAUCAGUCGACCAGUGAAGAUCCACUGAAAGAAUGUGUUUCAGAUUUAAAUACAGGGUGAUUUUUUAAGAGCUUGAGAACUUUUUUAAACAAUAAAACGCAUAAAAUUUGCAAAAUCUCAUCGGUUCUUUAUUUUAAACGUUAGAUUGGUACAUGACAUUUACUUUUUGAAGAUAAUUUCAUUUAAAUGUUGACCGCGGCUGCGUCUUAGGUGGUCCAUUCGGAAAAUCCGCUUUUUUAUCGACAAAUUUUGUUCAGCGAUGAGGCUCAUUUCUGGUUGAAUGGCUACGUAAAUAAGCAAAAUUGCCGCAUUUGGAGUGAAGAGCAACCAGAAGCCGUUCAAGAACUGCCCAUGCAUCCCGAAAAAUGCACUGUUUGGUGUGGUUUGUACGCUGGUGGAAUCAUUGGACCGUAUUUUUUCAAAGAUGCUGUUGGACGCAACGUUACAGUGAAUGGCGAUCGCUAUCGUUCGAUGCUAACAAACUUUUUGUUGCCAAAAAUGGAAGAACUGAACUUGGUUGACAUGUGGUUUCAACAAGAUGGCGCUACAUGCCACACAGCUCGCGAUUCUAUGGCCAUUUUGAGGGAAAACUUCGGAGAACAAUUCAUCUCAAGAAAUGGACCGGUAAGUUGGCCACCAAGAUCAUGCGAUUUGACGCCUUUAGACUAUUUUUUGUGGGGCUACGUCAAGUCUAAAGUCUACAGAAAUAAGCCAGUAACUAUUCCAGCUUUGGAAGACAACAUUUCCGAAGAAAUUCGGGCUAUUCCGGCCGAAAUGCUCGAAAAAGUUGCCCAAAAUUGGACUUUCCGAAUGGACCACCUAACACGCAGCCGCGGUCAACAUUUAAAUGAAAUUAUCUUCAAAAAGUAAAUGUCAUGUACCAAUCUAACGUUUAAAAUAAAGAACCGAUGAGAUUUUGCAAAUUUUAU